UACUAGUGUAUGUCUAGUUUAACACCAAGAAUUCAACUCUUCUCAAUUUGCUGUGUAUAUAUAUAUACACACACACACACACACACACGUGCGUAAGCGCGCACACUCCUCCAGAUACACAUGUUUCAUUAAAUCAACCUAUGCCCUUUUAAUUAAAGGGCAUAGGUUGCUAUAUAAAUAAAUACUUGAAUAGGAAUGCUUGUUGUAGGUGUGCUCCUUGUAUAUAAUAUAGUAUAACAUUACUAGUAUUAAUUGGUUGAAAUCUCUGAAGAAUCUCAUCAUAGUUUACACACACCGGCAGUAGCCCCCGUGGCCCUUUCAGAAUUUCCCCAGAGGAAAUUUUCUAGUUUUAAAUGUUGUUGCUGCAAGUAAUCAUAAAGAAUUGUAGGCAUGAGCUCCUUUCCUUCCGUAAAGGAUGAUCCAGUGUACCCUUUACUAAAAGAAGUAAGAAAGGACGCAGAUGCAUGUUUCCUUAUCAUUUAGGGAAUAAAAAUAAAAUAAAAAAAGAGUAUUUGACCACAGCCCUUGAUAAAUACAAGUCCAACACAAAUAAAAUAAAAAAUGCAUUAAAUUAUUCAGUUGAUGGUGAAACGUAUGUGCCCCCAGUUAAUGUAUAUCUUUUUUUUAAAGGCAGACUCUUGGUAAAACUCUACUAAAGAUACUUUUUCUUCCCCAGGUCGCUCUGCUGUCUCCUGCACUGUCUCCACCUACAGUGUGAUAUCACAGGAGUUUCCCCUCUGCAGAAGCAGCUGCCACAGCAUAAAUACUACAAGCUCUGUGGCAGAAGUUCACUCUUGACACAACAGCAACACAAAGAGACAAGUAUCACCACAGAGCACAGCAUCCAGCCAGGAGUGGUAGAUUAAACUGCAGGCAGUGACCACUUCAAAGAUCAGGGUUACUCACAGAAUUAUGGCCUACAUAAAUGCACCAGCCCUGUAUUUAGGAGGCAUCCGCCUUUUCACUUGUUACGUGAGCUGUAGACCGGAAAUUAGGGCAAAAACAAACCAAACAGAAGUGUUAAACAAGACUGACACUGCUGAGAAAACUGAUCGAAUCGGCAGCAAAGCCAAGGCAGCCAUCCAUUUAGAAGGUUUCUAUGAUUAUGACGUAAACGUAAGCUUUACGCUGGAGUGGAGAAUCGGUCAAGGCCAGGCGUUCGCUCAGGGCGGCUUCAAGCUGCGGAAAAACCAGAUCGUCAUCCCACAAACCGGCCUCUACUUCGUCUACAGCCAGGCGUCGUUCAGGGUCUCCUGCAGCGAGGAGGAGGGGGCGGGAAAAUGCCUCACACCUCUCAGCCACAGCAUCUGGCGCUACUCAGACUCCAUCGGCGCCAAAGCCUCGCUGAUGAGCGCCGUGAGGUCGGCGUGCCAAAACACAACUCAGGAGGACAGCUACAGCGACGGACAGGGCUGGUACAACGCCAUCUAUCUGGGCGCAGUGUUUCAGCUGAACAGAGGAGACCGACUGUGGACGGAAACCAACCAGCUAGCAGAGCUGGAGACCAACGAGGGCCGGACUUUCUUUGGUGUUUUUGCACUCUGAUAUGACUUUUCUGCUGUGAAACUAAGAAAUGAUGACGCUCUGCACUGU